GCUACUCGCACAUGAAUGAACUUGCCGCUAACAUGACGAAUGAACGCCCCUUCACAGCUCCAUGCACACCUUACCGGCAGCAUAUCCCGCCAUUGUCUCCAUCAAAUAUGGACGCACAAGACCGCAAAUGGUUCUCCUCUGGACCUAGAAGAUCCAUUGAUCGCCAUCCCUCACGGAAGGGUCGACUAUGACAUUAAAACGUUCUUUCCACUCUUCUCCUCGUACAUCUAUAAGUUGUGCAAUGACGUAGACAGUAUCAAAUACUCUACACGUGCAGUCCUCGACGAUUUCCAAAAGGAUGGCGUCGUCUAUCUUGAGCUACGAACCACACCGAGGAGCAUUCCCCAGCAAGGUCUCUCCAAGGAUGACUACGUGAAGACUGUUCUCGCCAUACUGCAGGCGCAUAAUGAGAAUCCUUCCAAUACCAUGAAAACAUUCCUCAUCCUCUCUGUUGACCGCCGUAACACUGUGGCCGAAGCAGAAGAGGUCGUCGACCUCUCCAUCAAGUAUCGUUCGGCAGGAGUAGUGGGUGUUGACCUUUGUGGCAAUCCUGCUGUAGGCGAUGUCCGCAUCUUCACUCCAGUAUUUGCGCGGGCAAAGACGGCAGGUCUCAAUAUAACUCUGCACUUUGCUGAGAUUCAAGAAUCGGGAACAGAUCAAGAGCUAGACACUCUUCUUUCAUGGGAUCCUGAUCGACUGGGUCAUGUGAUUCAUGUCAGCGACGCUUUUCGCGCGAGAAUUGAGUCGCAGCAUAUUGGCGUUGAACUCUGUCUCAGCUGCAAUGUCCACGCCAAGAUGAUCACUGGUAGCUUUCCUGAUCAUCAUUUUGGUACUUGGAGACACAGCUCUGUUCCCGUUGCCCUCAGUACAGAUGAUGUAGGUGUCUUCUGCAGCCCGCUCUCUCAAGAAUACCAUCUGGCGGCCACACACUUCGGUCUCGAUCGUAAACAGACUCUCGAUUUAUCUGAAAGAGCUGCGGAUUGCAUCUUCACGGGAGAGGAACAGCGUGCAAGACUCCGUAGAAUAUUCUCUGAGUGGCAUGAGUGAAAUGCCUUAGUGUUCCACGCGGGUCAUCCAUAUGUCUUGCAGUAUAUAAUGCGUAAGCAGUCGUCGCACAAGAACCUAUUCAGGAUCUCCUCUGCAGAAAAACACCUGCAAUUCAAGGGACUCCGUCC